GGUUUCACGAGUAAACAACAAACAUGGCGGCUCUGAACGAAAUUGAGCGUCUUGAAUAUUUGUCUCUGGUGUCUAAAGUUUGUACGGAGCUGGAGAAUCAUUUGGGGAUCAGCGAGAAAGAUUUAGGUGAGGUUAGCGAUGUUUGUCAUGUACGCGCUAAUGUUGUGAAGCUAACCCGCCGUUACUUUGAAGGAAACUAACUCUGAAUGUUUGUUAAAGUAAAUAUUAAAUAAUCUUGUCUGUUUGUAGCUGAGUUUGUCAUCAGUCUUGCGGAAAAACAUCCAACAUUUGAGGAGUUUAAAGCUGUCCUGUGCGAAAAUGGAGCAGAAUUUACUGUAAGUUUGUAGUUACACACAUUAAUCUCCGUGUUUGUUGAUGUUUUAGUGUAUUUUUCUGAUAAAUAGUAUCUCUCUUUUUUCAGGAUACACUCACUGGAAACUUACUCAGACUCAUUCAGACCAUGCGGCCAACACCAUCCACGAGUAAAGGUACUAAACAUACGCAACAACAGGCUGUUAUGUAAAAGUAUUUGCUGUUUAAUUGCUGAUUUUCUUCCCUUAACCAUCCAUUUUUGUCCACAGCACAUGAGUCUGAGCUCAAACCACAGACUGAGAAAGACAAACUGAAGGAGAAAUAUCCAGCUUUAUGUAAACCAGAUGAUCCUGUGUGGAAGGUGAGACUUAUUCACUGUUAACCCUCCUCCUGUGUUAGGGUCUGCACCAGCCUGUUUUUGAUUUUAAAAGCUUAAAAGAACUACUUAAAUUAGCUUUUUUUCAUUAAGACUUUGUCAAGAACCUCUAUUUCAACAAAAUAAAAAUUAAAUUGACUAAAUAAAAAAAUGUUCUUAUUAAAAUUAUGGCACUUGUCGUAUUAGGGUCGCUGUUGACCCGGUUAGAUCCAAAUCUCAAAAUUCAAAUUCAACUUUAUUUGUAUGGCAUUUUUCAUACAAAAAAAUGCCAUAAAUAAUUAAUAUAAUAUAAUUAAUUGAUAAUUAUAGAUGAUUAAUAGAAUGACAUCAAAUAAACAAUAAGAACUUUGAUUAAAAUGAACAUUUGCAAUUAGAGAAAUAUAAAAUGCCAAUUCGCGAAAAGCCUGGUUAAAAAGUGAGUCUUGAGCCUCUUCUUAAAAACAUCAACACUCUCUGCGGCCCUGAGGCUCUCCAGCAGGCUGUUCCACAACCGGGGACCAUAAAACAUCAUUAGAUCAAUAUCUAAUGAUAAGAGCAAAAACUAAAAUCAUAAGUGCACUGUCAGGCACCACACUGACAGUCAGAUCAUCUUCCAGUCAUGGUCGAUUUAGGAAAUUCUUAUUUUGUGUCUCCCUGCACAAAAAACAACGUCAGGCAUGUCCAGACAUGUGAGAUCAUUUCAGUAUAGAUGUCUGUGUGAGGGGUUUACUGACAAGAAAGGCCCAGAGGACCACAACAAAAAUAUUAUACGCAAUAUUUUCAUGGAUAAUGAGGCCGAAGAAGGUAACCUAGAGAUGAGAACUAAAUUGGAUGAUAGAGAAUUGUUUUUAGUGUAAUUUACAGCUGAUUUAAGACACGUUAACAUAGUGGAUGUGUAGUAAAAGCGAACACAGGAGGAAGAUUAAAUGAGAUGCUUUAGAACAACUGUUUUUGCUAUAAAGUUAAACAUGGCUUCUUUUCAGCAUUGUAUUAAAAUGAGAUUAUGGAGCUUUGUCACUGAUGAUACCCUCUCCAUCAGAUUCCUCCACGCCACAUGGAUAAAGAUGAUCAGCAGGUCGCUGCAGCCGCCAUGAAGGAGCUGGAGAUGCUGAUGCCAAACUUUGGUGGAACCAGCUCUGAUGACAGGUGAUUAAAAAUGAUGGAAAGAUGACAGCACUCCUUAUAGUUGCCCUUAAGCUGUGACCCUGUUUGGUCUCAGAUUCUCUCUUUUAGGAGAAGCUUUUUGUCCCCUAACAAACUGAAAAAAUUGACUUCUCUGUCUGCCUUUUACCCCGUAGGUCAGCUAAGCCUCUGCAAGGAGACCGAGGUCGAGACGUGGACAGAGAUAACAGUCGCAAACGCAGCCGUUCUCGCUCCAAAUCCAGAGAUCGUGAUGGAGAAGCAAACCCAAAGCGUAGAAGGAAACGGCCGUCUCGGUGGAGCGAUCAUCCACCCAGUCCUCGCGCAGACAAAGACAGCAACAACAACAAAGAUGACAGAGACGCAGAGCGGUGGCGUGGUAGAUUUGUAGACAGGCCGCCGCCGGAGGAUCCUGUUGUAGGCGACAUUUACGACGGGAAAAUCAGCAGCAUUAUGCAGUUUGGCUGUUUUGUGCAGCUGGAAGGUCUCAGGUUAGUGAUAUUAUCAGGCGUGCACACCGAUGCAGAGAGACACCACACAUGAAGCGACACAUUUCCUUAAGCAGUUUGUUGCUUUUGAGGAUUUAAUGUGUUGCUUGUUUGUCUGCCUCUCAUUUUUAUACUCAUCUGGUUCCUGUUACAGAUUCAUUUUUUUCUAUUUUAUUUUUCCUGAUUUUUUUUUUUUUGUAAUGUGCCACUAAGGUAUCAAAAGUCUUAAACCAGAAACAGAAGUCAUAAAAAUGCAAAAGAAAUCCCUACAUUGCUUUACUUUUUGUCAUGUGUCCACCGUGUUGCUAACUACCCGUGUCUGUCUGCAGAAAACGCUGGGAAGGUCUGGUUCACAUCUCUGAGCUGCGCAAAGAAGGACGAAUAGCUGACGUUGCUGACGUGGUCACCAGAGGUCAAAAAGUGAAGGUCAAAGUGCUUUCACAGACUGGAACUAAAGCCAGUCUGAGCAUGAAGGUGAGUCAGGUUUAAAAUGACCGAGAGUCUGUUUUUUUAUCCUGCACUGUGAGGAAUCCAAAGAAAUCCAUUUUAACAGGUUUUAACAGUGGUACGUGUGAUAUGUGUUCAGUAUUGACUGCCAGUAAAAUAAAAGACUCAUGAAAAGAUUUUUAAAAUAAUAUUAAUAAUAGGUUUUAUUUGUAGUUCCCAUUACAUCAAACGACCUCAAAGGGCUACAACUUAAAAGCAGAGAAAUUUCACAGUAAAGGAAGAUAAAAACAGGUUAUUGGUUUAAAAACAAGAGAAACAUUUCAUUGAAAGAGGAAAAGCAGGAUAAGCAGUUUUUUUUUAAGAAUCUAUGAGGAGGGACCAAAAGUUUUGAGUCCUUUUUUUAAAACUGUUAGUGGGUUGUGGUUCCCUCAGGGUGUCGGGGUUCCAAAAGCGUGGGGCAGCAGCACUGAGGCCCUAUCUCCCAUGAUCCUUUAUCUGGUUUUGGGGGUGAAGAGGAGACGUGAGUGAGUGGAGUGGAGAAACCGUGUUGUCUUUUGUGGGUGUAGAAGUUCUUUGAGGAAGGUGGGGGGGCAUGUCCAUGGAUGCACUGGUGUGUGAGGAGGGAAACCUUGUACUCAAUCCUGGUGGAAACGGGAGGACGGGGUGAUAUGAUCAUGUUUGCGCACUCUCAUCAGCAUCCUAGCGGCGGAGUUUUGAAUAUAGUGGAGUCUCUGCAGACUCUUGCUAGGGAUCCCGAUGAGAAGUAGUAGUCCAACCUGGAGGAGAUAAAGGCAUGAACCAGCUUUUUUUCUCUUCAGGACUGACCUGAUGAGGGUUAAUCUAUCGACAUUUACUAAUCUGCAUCACAUUGAUAUUCAGUCUCACAUGAGACACAUUGAUUGCAAGAAAAUCUGCUGAAGUGAGUCAGAGGGAAGCCUCUGUGUAACUUACUGUCUGAACCCGAUAAACAGCGUACAGGUGUGUAACAGCCUGAGAACUGACUGAAAAGUUGGCUUUUGUUCGCAGAGACAUUUAUCCAACUGUUUGUACGACAAAGAUACACUAUAAUAGAUGGAUUCUGAGAUUAGGAGAGAGUUGAGAUUUCUUUCAGCAGACUUAAAACUUGAUGGUAAAGUAUAAUCCUUUCUAACAGAUACUUUAAAACCAAUCUGCAAAAUAUUUUCAUGCUGAAAACCAGAGUGAGCUUUUGCAGACUCUGUAGGUUGACCAUGAAUCGUUCCUCUCUGAAUCUGCCUCCAGGAUGUGGACCAGGAGACAGGGGAGGACCUGAACCCAAAUAGGAAAAGAAACCUGGACUCUGGAGCUGGAUCUGGAUCUGUGCCUGGUUCUGGAGAAGAGGCCAUGAGGAACCCUGACCGACCCAUCGAAACCAGCAUGCUGGAGUUAGAGGAAAACACCUCCGAGCGCAAACGGCUCACCAAGAUCACCGACCUGGAGAAAUGGGAGAUCAAACAGGUUCACCCACUGAAUUCAUGCUGAGAUUUAAAGGUGCAGUGGGUAGUUUUUAGUGUGAAUCAGCAGAACAGACAGAGAACAUACAGAGGGUAGUAUUCAUCAACUCUAAUAAACCAAAUAUAUUUACAGAGCACAUUAAAAACAACAGACUCUGACCAAAAUGAUGCACAGUAAAUGAUUUAUGAUGUUUUACGUAUAUUGACCUGGAUAUGAAGAUCACUUUGUUUUUGACCAGGUCUCCUUCCAUGAAUCCCUCCUUUCUGCAUCACCAUGUUUCCACAGACACACUGGAAACACUCGUGUUUUUACAUAGAGGUUAAUGCACAGACUAAAAGAGAAAGAGAGUGGUUGUUAUUGUGCACAAAAAUCUGAAUUGUUUAACGUUUUUUAAAAUUAAAACUUGACAAAUGGGUGAUCAUACUCGUGCAUCACAGGAGCUUCAUAGACAGGAGUGGAGAGCAAGGGGGCUAAAUUUUUUCCAUUUCUACAGACUGUACCUUUAAAACCAAAUCCUCAUUUUUUAUCGAUGUAGAUAUCUUCCUUGCCUUCUCUGUAAGCCAAGUACUAAAGAGUAAAGAACAUUUCUCCGUCUUUCAGAUGAUCGCCGCCAAUGUACUUCCUAAAGAAGAGUUCCCGGACUUUGACGAGGUGACGGGAAUCCUUCCCAAAAUAGAUGAAGAUGACGGUAAAGCUACAAACUUUGUCCUUUUUCCACUUUUGCAAAAUAGAAGUCUGAUGCUGAUCUGGUCCUUCUCAGUUUUAUUCAGGUGUAUUUUCUCUAAAUUUACUCUCUGCAGAUGAAGACAUGGAUAUUGAUCUGGUCGAGGAGGAACCACCGUUCCUGAGAGGACAGACAAAAUUCACCAUGAACAUGAGUCCGGUCAAAAUAGUCAAGGUAUUUCUCCUGCAAAUCAAACACUGGGUCUGUUUUUACUCUUCCAUCAAACUGAAGUCAAAAAUAGAGGUGAUUGAGACUCACUUGCAGCAGCCGGCCUCUAGAUGGUGUUGUUGCACACCAGCAGAUUUCUAAAGCUCAGAACAGCACCUAACUUCAUCAACAGGACAUAUAGGGUCACAGACAUAGUACUAGACACCAAACAUCUUUUUAACUUUGACUCAUUUCUUUAGCAAAGAGACUAAACACAACUCACCUACUCUCUUCCAGCAGACGCUUGUUUGUAGCGAGACCUCAGGCCAGUCCAUUAGGGACUACAGCGGGGUGACGCAGCUCAAGGAAGAACAUUGAUGAUAGCAUUAUUUGUGGUUAUAGAGUGGCGUUUUGGUUGAGGUUUGUUUAUGGCUCCUCAGACUGCUGUGUAUCGCUAUUGUGCGGUCGUUACUAAAGUUGGUAUGACUAGAGAAGCAAGCGGUCUGCAACCUAAAUUAAUUUUACGCCAGAGUAUCCCUGUAAGUUUAAAAUCGACCUGGAUUAGUUUUAAAAUGCUUCAGUUUGAUUAUUUUAUCUGUAUCUCUUUGUCGGCUCUUUGAAUCUGAGAUUCUUGUAAAUAUGUUAUUGAGGGUUGUGCAGGUGCACUGGGAUAAUUUAAAUAUCAUGUUUUAAAUUGAAAAGGAAAACUUGAAUAUUGUGAAUAAACAUUUGUGCCAUGAGAAGGUGCAAUAUUUUUAUCUUUAAAAUGUUACAAUUUGAUCCAACAGCUCAUGAAAAUCUGAAAUACAGCCUCUGAAAAUAUUAAAGGAUUCAAAACGCAGAAAUGUCUGAAAAACUCAAGUUCAUUCACACCCUCAGUCCUUAUUUGGUGCUUUUUUUCUUACUCUAAAUUUGCAUCAGUGAGAUGUGGCGUAGAGGUGAUGAGCCUGAAGCUCUGCUGAGGUGUUAGUGAAGACCAGAUCCUGUUUUUUUUCACUUUUUGAGAUGAAGUCUGAAGUCAGAUGAAGUCUGCUCAGUAAACACAGAAACAUCACAGUCAGGAAAACAGUUUCUGGUAGUUUUGGCGCCGUGGGCAGAGUCCAGGUCCUGCUGGAAAAGGGAACCUCUCUAAAACCUCCUGGUAGACUGGGACCUAGAUUUCCAAAUGAGACCCUAAACUGACUUCUAUCUGAAAACAGGAGAAAAAGACCUGGGCUGUCGCUAAGGGGUCCAAAGUCCUGAGACCAGAUGAGACUCAGUCCAGUCCCUCACACUAAUCCUUGUUUUUCUCGUCUCUGGUAGAACCCAGAUGGCUCGCUCUCUCAGGCCGCCAUGAUGCAGAGCGCUCUGUCGAAGGAGAGGAGGGAGCUGAAGCAGGCGGCUCGUGCAGCGGAGAUGGACUGCAUCCCAACCGGUCUCAACAAGAACUGGAUCGACCCGAUGCCUGAUUGUAAGAGACCCGUUUUUUAAUGGUCUAUAUGCGGUCUAGACAGUGAGACCGGUUCCUGUAACUCUUAGGAAGAAGAGGAACUUUCAAACGUCUCUCCAUCAGAAACAGUUUCAGAGUAAACAGCAGCGCAGCAUCUGUCUUGUGCCAGGCCUAUUACACUGUUUCAUUGUUCCUAGAGCACGACUGGAGAUGGUUAUCUAGCUUCCCUAUGAGUUUACACUCGCGCACACACACACACACACACACACACACAUAAUAUCAUAAUGCACUGUGACUCAGUCUUCCACGGCCUGGAGGGAAAACGGAGGCUGAAGCAGUUCCUUCCACCACAGUUCCUACCUCUGACUCGGGUUCAUACGGGAAGAGCUCGUUGGAAAAUUCAUUAUCAGCACAGUCCAUCCUGCUCAAAUGAAAUCGUAGAUCAGAGGAGGUUAUCGUGGCUCCGACUCUGAGACUCCUUGUUCCUCUCCUGUGCAGAUGAAGGAAGGCAGAUAGCUGCCAACAUGAGAGGCAUCGGUGCCAUGCCGCUGGAUCUCCCAGAGUGGAAACGAUACGCUUUUGGAGGGAACCAGGUGUCGUACGGCAAGAAGACCGAACUCUCCAUCCUGCAGCAGAGAGAGAGUCUGCCGAUUUUCAAGCUGAAGGAGCAGCUCGUUCAGGUAGACUCGAUACGAAUAUGGAGACUCCAACACGUGACAAAGUUUUAUCGUGCCGCCCAAUCACAGAUCCUCUUUUCAACCUUCAAACCGAGCUUUUCUUCUUUUUUAAAAACUUUAAUCAUAUUUUCUUUCUUACUUCGCUUCACAGGCUGUCCACGAUAACCAGAUCCUGAUUGUAGUUGGAGAAACCGGCUCUGGUAAGACCACGCAGAUCACUCAGUACCUGGCAGAGGCUGGUUACACGGCCCGGGGGAAGAUCGGCUGCACGCAGCCUCGUCGUGUGGCCGCCAUGUCUGUAGCCAAGAGAGUCUCAGAGGAGUACGGCUGCCGCUUAGGUCAAGAGGUGAGCUGUCGAACCAUCAGCCGAGCAUAUUCGUAUGUUUUACAUGAGCAGAGAUUUCUGUGGGAUAACCUUCAACUCCAUGUGCUUCAACCUUCGUUUCAGGUGGGCUACACGAUCCGUUUCGAGGACUGCACCUGCACAGAAACUGUAAUCAAGUACAUGACCCACGGUAUGCUGCAGAGAGAGUGUCUGAUCGACCCGGACAUGAGCCAGUACUCCCUCAUCAUGCUGGAUGAAGCUCACGAGAGGACAAUCCACACGGAUGUGCUCUUUGGUCUUCUCAAAAAGGUAAUUUUGACUUCUAAAAACCUUAAAAAAUACGAUUUAAAACCUAAUUUAUCAUCUCAAAGUAAAAACUGACGUCCUCUCUUUCUUUUAGACGAUACUGAAACGCAAAGACAUGAAGCUGAUCGUGUCCUCGGCGACUCUGGACGCCGUCAAGUUCUCCCAGUAUUUUUUCGAAGCUCCCAUCUUCACCAUCCCAGGAAGAACUUUCCCAGUUGAGAUUCUUUACACCAAAGAGCCCGAGACAGACUACCUGGAUGCGAGUCUCAUCACCGCCAUGCAGAUUCAUCUGACUGAACCUCCAGGUACUGAAGGGACUUAAAGAGCUUUAAUGUGAAAGAAUAAACAGUCAUGAAGAAGAUUAAAAUUCUCCCUGUCCUUGGUUCAGGCGACAUCCUGGUGUUUCUGACAGGUCAGGAGGAGAUCGAUACGGCGUGUGAGAUCCUGUAUGAGAGGAUGAAGUCUCUGGGGCCCGAUGUUCCUGAGCUGAUUAUUCUGCCUGUUUAUUCUGCUCUGCCCAGUGAGAUGCAGACCAGGAUCUUUGACCCUGCACCUCCAGGCAGCAGAAAGGUGAGAGGUUCAGAAGAGUUUUACUUUGAGAUGAACUCUUGAACACCACCGGACAGAGCAAACCUUCAAGAAGAAUCCAUAACUGAUCCUCAUGAACCCACGUUAAGUUUGUGUUCUCCACCAGGUCAUCAUCGCCACCAACAUCGCUGAGACGUCCCUGACUAUCGAUGGUAUCUACUAUGUGGUGGACCCCGGCUUUGUUAAGCAGAUUGUGUAUAACUCCAAAACAGGCAUAGACCAGCUGGUGGUGACUCCCAUCUCACAGGUAAUCACUUUUAAGUGAAAGUCUCAAAGUAAAAUUUUGGACUUAAGGGAAAAAAAAACAUCUCACAUUGAUUAACAGACUCAUCUUUACAUCCUUUAAUCUUUAAAUCCAACAAUCUUUAAAUCCCUGAUUCAUUUCCAGGCUCAGGCCAAGCAGAGGUCCGGUCGAGCCGGGAGAACCGGUCCAGGAAAGUGUUACAGACUUUACACAGAGAGAGCCUACAGAGACGAGAUGCUCGUGUCGAACGUACCAGAGAUCCAGAGGACCAACUUGGCCAGUACGGUCCUGUCUCUGAAGGUGAGGAUGUGACGUUUUCUAACACCUCUGUGUAGGGCUGGGUGUUAUGCAGGGUUGAUGCCGUCGAGGCUGCGUGUUUCUUAAAGUUACUGUUAGUAAUCUUUUUUCCAUCUCCAGGCCAUGGGCAUCAAUGACCUCCUGGCGUUUGACUUCAUGGACGCUCCUCCCAUGGAGACUCUGAUCACGGCCAUGGAGCAGCUCUACACUCUGGGAGCUCUGGAUAAUGAAGGUUUACUCACACGGCUGGGGAGACGGGUGAGAGGAAAAAACAGGAAAUCUCUGCUCAGACCGAGUCCUGCUUUAAAACCUUUAAAGACGUUUAUCACAUUUGAGUUUUUACCUUUUCUAAUCAUUGAUCUGAUUCUCACUUUAGAUGGCUGAGUUUCCUCUGGAGCCCAUGCUGUGUAAGAUGUUGAUCAUGUCCGUCCAUCUGGGCUGCAGCGAGGAGAUGCUCACCAUCGUGUCCAUGCUGUCUGUGCAGAACAUCUUCUACAGACCGAAGGUGAGACUGACGCCGUAUUUUGUGUUUCAUGAUGAAAACAUGACUUACCGUUCUUCCCUGUCUUUGGAUUUCUUCUUUCAAAUAGACUCGGAGUGAGUGAAAGAGACAAAGAGCCUUCGAACAUUUUUAAGACAUCAUCCUGAAAACAAGAAACAACCUCCAAAUUUUUUAUUAUACUAUACUAUGACAUUUUUUUAUCAUAUUAUACUUUUACGUUUUUUAUCAUACUAUACUAUGACAUUUUUUGAACAUACUGUACUAUGGCAUUUUUUAUCAUACUAUUCUAUUAUAUAUUUUUUUUCUACUUUACUAUGACAUAUUUACACAUACUGUACUAUAACAUUUUAACUAUGAUAUAUUUUUUAUCAUACUUUUUAUCAUAAUUUUUUGUCUACUUUACGAUGACUUUUUUUAUCAUACUAUACUGAUAUUUUUUAUUAUACUAAACUGUUAUUUUUCGAACAUGCUAUACUGUGACAUUUUUGACCAUUUUACCAUUUCUUUUUUAUCAUACAAUAGUAUGACAUUUUUUUAUACUAAAGUGUUAUUUUUCAAACUGACUAUAUCAUGACAUUUUUUAUCAUACUAUACUAUACUACUAAGGUUUUUUCUACUUUACUGACUAUUUUUUGACAUGCUUUACUGUGACAUUUUUUUAUAAUUUUACCAUGGCAUUGUUUUAUCAUACAACACUAUGACAUAUUAACACAUACUAUACUAUGACUUUUUUAUAAUACUAUACUAUAAUAUAUUUUUUAUCAUACUAUUUUAUCAUAAUUUUUUGUCUGCUUUACGAUGUCUUUUUUAUCAUGCUAUACUGACAUUUUUUAACAUGCUAUGCUGUGACAUUUUUAUCAUACAACACUCUGACAUUUUUAACAUACUAUACUAUGACUUUUUUUAAACAUACUGUACUAUGACAUUUUUUUUAUCAUACUAUACUGUGACAUUUUUUGAACAUACUACUUUUUAAUAUUUUAAUUAUGAUACUAUACUAUUUUAAUUUUUUUUCCACUUUACUUUGACUCUUUUUUAUCAUGCUGUACUAUCACAGUCUCAUCAUCCCUAACCCAAACCAAUCCUUCGUUUCUUUCCUUCCAGGACAAACAGGCCCUCGCUGACCAGAAAAAGACCAAGUUCUUCCAGCUGGAGGGAGACCACCUCACACUGCUGGCUGUCUACAACUCCUGGAAGAACAACAAGUUCUCCAACCCCUGGUGUUUCGAGAACUUCAUCCAAGCGAGAUCCUUGAAGAGGGCUCAGGACAUCCGCAAGCAGAUGCUGAGCAUCAUGGACAGGUGCGGAGGAGUAACUCUGACUCUCUCUCACAUUUUACUCUCGUCUUUUAGUGUUGAUUAUUUUAGAAAGAGUGACUUCAAUUUGUGAUGUUUUCAGAAAAUAAUCUACAGUUCGGUGAGAGACAGAUAAUCUGAGGAGCAACACUAAAAUAUUAAUCUUCACAAAUAUUCCUCAGACACAAGCUGGACGUGGUUUCCUGUGGGAAAGCGACGAUGCGAGUCCAGAAGGCGAUCUGCAGCGGCUUUUUCAGGAACGCUGCCAGGAAGCACCCCCAUGACGGUUACCGUACCCUGAUCGACCAGCAGGUGGUGUACCUCCACCCCUCCAGCACCCUGUUCAACCGGCAGCCUGAAUGGUGAGUCCUGAAGUCUGAAGAGCGGUUAGAUCUGACACUGAGGACAAGAUGUUAAUCCAUAUCCUUCUUCCAUGAGUUCAGUCUGCACCUCUUGAGUGGAAGAGAAUCAGUAUCUGCGGUGGUAUGACUCUGUUCUCAGAGUCUCCUCCACUUACAGAUGUGGAGGGAGGAGCUGGGAUGGAGGCGGGUUGUCAGGUCUGAGGAAAAAUGCUCGAUUGGCACGAUUAUAUUUCUUUAAAUGAACACUCGAGGAGUUACAAAAAUGCAGUUUAAUGAUUUUUCAACAAAAAGGUGAGAGGGAAGACGAAUCUCGAUAGUUAAAAAAUAUCAUCCUCUUAAUUUAACUUCAAGAAGGACCAGAAGAAGAAGAACUUUAGUUUGUGUAGUUUUGAGCAGAAUGAGCAGAUUUUACUAAAUUCACAGACUAGUUUAAAAAUCAAAUAAACCCUCAAACCUCAUUGAUGAUCCAGAGUUUGUUUUCAACACUUUGAGGAUUGGCUGUUUGUCCUCAGACACCAUCAGGUCACAGGUGUGAGGUCAGGUACCAGAUGAUAAGCAUGAAGGUUCUGGUGUGUUUCCAUGAAGUGGAUCUGGUUUGGUUUAUUUAUUGCUUUAGUCGAUGAAUGUUUCCUUUUAUAAAUUUUCUAUUAAAGUAUGAAAGGGUCUCUUAAUUGUGUUUUACUCUUAAAUCUUACACACUGUAUUCUCCCGCUCCCCCUCCAGGCUCGUGUACCACGAGUUAGUGCUGACCACCAAAGAGUACAUGCGUGAGGUGACCACCAUCGACCCUCGCUGGCUGGUGGAGUUCGCUCCGGCUUUCUACAGAGUCGGGGACCCGACUCGGCUCAGCCGGCAGAAGCGGCAGCAGAAACUAGAACCUCUCUACAAUCGGUACGAGGAGCCGAACGCCUGGAGGAUCUCUCGGGCCUUCAGACGCCGCUGAGGAUCCGCUUAAAUUAAGAGCAGGUGGACUAACGGAAGUACGCACACACAGACUGAGCCACGAGUCAACACUUUGAGGUUCUCGUGUUCAUUUAUUUAAAGAUCGGACAGUUAUUGAUCUGAUCGGAUGAUUUUUUUUACCUGCUCAAACUUUCUUCUCUUCAGUUUAACUCAGUUUGCCUGAAGUGAUUUACCUGUACUGUAUUUUCUAUAAAAUAUUUCACAAAUGCCUAA